CGGGGGCGCUGUGAGUUUCCCGGGCUCGGUGUUUGGGCUCCGGCUGCAGGCUGGUUGAGUAGCGCUGUGUUUAUUGUUAAUAAUCAGUAAAUAAUAAUCGAUAUUCGGUUUUAAAUCGCUCCGGGAUCAGUGUUAGAUCAUCUCUGAGUGAUUAAAACAUGGAGGAGAACGGCACCGAGCUGCAGGAGGGGGUGGAGGAGUGUGUGUACUCCUCGGCUCGGCAGAAGCUGGAGAAUCUGUUGAAUAAGAGUAUGAGGAUCCGGAUGACGGACGGCCGGACGCUGGUGGGACUGUUCCUCUGCACCGACCGCGACUGUAACGUCAUCCUCGGCUCCGCCCAGGAGUUCCUCAAGUCCACAGACUCGUUUUCUCAGGGUGAGCCGAGGGUUCUGGGUCUGGCGAUGAUUCCGGGUCAUCACGUCGUCUCGAUCGAGGUGGAGGCGGAGAGUUUACAGCCGGCUCACGGACUCUGAGUGCUGAACUCCUCCAGAGGAUUAUGGGAAGAGUAGUUUUUUUUGGACACUGCUGCUCCUGCAGGGCAGGUUAACACAGUGUGUGUGCUGUUCCUGAGCGUACCUGAGGACAGGUGGACUCCUGUGUGUGUGUGUGGGUGUGUGUGUGUGUGUGUACAAGGGUGUGGUUUUGUAAAUAUCAAUAAAAAGAAAAUAUUGGGAAA